AAAUAAACAAAAGUUAUGUUAGUAACGUCUUUAGUUAAAAAAAAAGUUUCAUAGAUGAAUAAAACAAACAAAAUUGCAUGUCCCACGCAGCUAUAAAAUAAGAAAAAAAAAAAUUGCAUGUCCUAACGCCACCUAAUAAUAAAUAAAGUGAAAUAAUAAGACAAACCAAAACACCAUUGACUCAUUGAGACUGAUGUCAAAAAAUGAGAAAAAACCAAUCACAUUGAGAGUUGAGAUUUUAACCAAUGCAAGGACAAUGGCAAAACCGAAAAUAAACGUAAAAAUCGAGGUUGAUAAUAACAUAACUCAUAAAAUCCGUAUUUUCAUGGUGUCUUCUUCUUCUUCUUCACCUUCUUCACUCAUCACUACUCACAAAUAUAUUUUUGACCGUUGUUCACUCUCACCUUCUUCACACGCUCCACAUCUUCUUCUGAUUGACCUUUAACACCUGAAAGGUUUUGUCUUCUCUCUCUAUCGUCCAAAAAUCUAAACUUUUCUGGUUUUAUUUUAUAGAUUUGGGUCCCUCAGUUUGUUUAUUUUACCUUUAUUUAUGAACAAAUGUGCAAAGGGUUUAGAUUUUAGCUCCUUGAAGGCUCAUAACGCAUAAAGUUCUUGGCUUCAUCGUUUUCUCUCUUGAUUAAUUUGGCAUUGUAUAUCUUAUGUCUGAUUGUGUGAAAAAACCACAAAUGAAAGGAGUUUAGACACAAAUCACAGUUUAAGACAAAAUUAUAGUCUUGUUUCUUUCAAAUUAUGCAAAAAAAUCAAGAAUCUGAGACAUAAGAGAAACGUUUAUGUCUCUCUCUUUUAAUCAAUGCUAUGUUGCUUUUCUCAACUGUUUCAAGCGUUAUUACAUUACUAGCUAAAAAUCUUGAUGUCUUGUUCUUAUUUUUGCAGUUUCUCCUCUUGAGCUUUGGAAUUGAAGCUAAGAUAAGAAAUUUAGAGAGAAAUGGGAUGUUCUCAUUCGAAGUUUGAUGACGAUGAAGCUGUUCAGAUCUGUAAAGAUAGGAAACGUUUCAUCAAACAAGCAGUGGAACAUAGGACUGGGUUUGCUUCUGGUCACAUUGCUUAUAUCCAGUCUCUGAGGAAGGUUUCAGAUGCUCUCCGGGAAUAUAUCGAAGGAGAUGAGCCACAUGAGUUCAUGUUGGACACAUGUGUCACUCCAGUGAAGAGAAUGAGCAGCUCAGGCGGCUUCAUUGAGAUAUCUCCUCCUUCAAAAAUGGUUCAGAGUGAGGCAGAGUCGAAAUUGAAUGUCAACAGUUACUUGAUGGCUAGUGGAAGCAGACCGGUUCGGGUUGAAGAAAAGCCUCCUAGAUCACCUGAGACUUUUCAGGUUGAGACUUAUGGAGCAGAUAGUUUCUUUGGGAUGAACAUGAACAUGAACAGUCCGGGACUAGGCAGUCACAAUAUACCGCCUCCUUCACCACAGAACUCUCAAUGGGAUUUCUUUUGGAAUCCAUUCUCGGCAUUGGAUCAGUAUGGAUACAGUUAUGAUAACCAAAAUGGUAUGGAUGAUGAUAUGAGACGGCUGAGGCGGGUUCGGGAAGAAGAAGGGAUUCCAGAUCUUGAAGAAGAUGAAUAUGUAAAGUUUGAGGAUCAUCAUAACAUGAAAGCAACAGAAGAUUUUAAUGGAGGUAAAAUGUAUCAAGAAGAUAAAGUAGAACAUGUUAAUGAGGAGUUCACGGACAGUGGAUGCAAGAUUGAGAAUGAGAGCGACAAGAACUGCAAUGGAACUCAAGAACGGCGCAGUCUUGAGGUGUCCAGAGGAGGAACUACAGGGCAUGUUGUUGGAGUUACAUCAGAUGAUGGAAAAGGAGAGACACCUGGUUUCACUGUGUACUUGAAUAGAAGGCCAACAAGCAUGGCAGAAGUUAUUAAAGAUCUUGAAGAUCAGUUUGCGAUCAUAUGUACCGCUGGUAAAGAAGUCUCGGGUCUGUUGGAAGCUAGUCGAGUUCAAUACACAUCCUCUAAUGAACUGAGUGCCAUGACAAUGCUGAACCCAGUAGCUUUGUUCCGCUCAGGCGGCUCAUCGAGAUCUUCUUCCUCAUCAAGAUUCUUGAUCAGCUCUUCUGGAGGUUCAAGGGCGAGUGAAUUCGAAAGCAGCAGCGAAUUUUCGGAAGAAUCUUGUAUGCUCUCGGGUAGCCAUCAAUCAACAUUGGACCGACUAUACGCGUGGGAGAAGAAACUCUAUGAUGAAGUCAAGUCUGGAGACCGAAUACGGAUUGCAUAUGAAAAGAAAUGUUUGGUGCUGAGGAAUCAGGAUGUGAAAGGAGCUGACUCUUCGGCAGUUGAUAAAACAAGAGCUACAAUAAGAGAUCUACAUACUCAGAUCAAGGUCUCUAUACACUCAAUAGAGUCUAUUUCCGAAAGGAUCGAGACUCUUCGCGACCAAGAACUGCUUCCACAGCUUCUUGAGCUUGUUCAAGGGUAUGCCAAAACAUCUUUCUUGUUUCCUGAAAACAUAUGUUUCUCUUUGACUGACAAUGGCAUUUUACAGAUUAGCUCAGAUGUGGAAAGUGAUGGCAGAGUGUCACCAGAUACAGAAGCGAACAUUGGACGAAGCCAAACUAUUACUUGCAACCACACCUUCUAACCGUCACAAGAAGCAACAACAGACUUCACUACCAGAGAUCAACUCUCAAAGAUUAGCUCGAUCAGCAUUGCAUCUUGUGGUUCAGCUUCGAAACUGGAGAGCCUGCUUCCAAGCAUGGAUCACAUCACAAAGAUCCUACAUACUCUCUUUAACCGGGUGGUUACUCAGAUGUUUCAGAUGUGACCCUGACCCAGAGAAAGUCACAUUAACGUCUUGUCCUCACCCAAUUUAUGAAGUCUGCAUCCAAUGGUCAAGGCUACUCAACGGAUUAAACGAGAAGCCAGUACUAGACAAACUCGACUUCUUUGCCUCAGGGAUGGGUGCAAUCUAUGCUCGGCAACUAAAGGAAGACACGUCUCCGGUAACAGAUUCUUCGAGGAAGUACUCAAGACCAGAGAGCAUGGAGCUUGUUGAAGCUGAGAAAGUGGAAGAAGAGAAGAUAAUGACUGCAGAGAAACUAGCUGAGAUUGCAGUUAAAGUACUCUGCCAUGGAAUGUCAGUUGCAGUGAGCUCACUCGCCGAGUUCUCCAUUAGCUCAGCCGAUGAACACUCGAAGCUAGUUACCCAUCGAGAGGAGGACAUGCCAGAGCAAACCAAGAUUUAAACUUUUCUAUUCUCAACUUCUCAUUUAUUUAUUUAUAUAUCCUUAGAAGAUUAGGACUUUAGGUUAGAUUAGCCAUGGAAGCUGCAUCAUCUACUAUCAAAAGAUAGUUUAGAUGGAUGGAGAUUUGUGUAAUAUUAAGACACAUAAAGUUAGUUCAGUUAGACUUCUAAUUUGGGAUUUUGGUCAUAAACUUAUCUUUAUAGAACCAAAUUCAUUACACCGUGUCUUAUAGUCAGAAUCUUUAUCAAAACCUGUCUCUUCUAAACUAAAUAGUUGCAGAACAAACACAAAAAGAUGAAUCUUUAGAAAGAAUCUUGAUGGUUUCUUGAACUCAAGCUAACAUAAAGAUCGAUGACAAACCUGAAUCAAUUAGUGAAAGUGUAAUUAAGAACAAUGGAAAGUGAGCUUAUCUCUUGAUCGUCUCUCUUCCAUGAUCGGUCACUGUAAGCUCGAAUUCGAUCGGAGUUUCGAGAAAAGAUCAGUUGGAUCGGGUUUGACUUUUUGACAUUUGGAUACAAUUAAAGCCUUUUUGUUUAUUUGCC